CCUCAAGCAAAAGCAAUUCAAACACCAACCCUAGAUCUGACUAAUUUCACAAACCCUAAAGAAGGUAUACCUUCACUUUCCUCCUCUACAACUUAAAUAAUUCACCUUCUCUUCUCCUCCCUCCAUCUUCAUCUCAAUAUUCCAAUUUUCCAAUUCCUUUUCAAAAAAAAAAAUGGAACCCAAAUUGUGGAUUCUCCUCAUAUUAGCUAUAACAAUGGUGAAUUUCACCUAUGCUCAAUCAUCGAUUCAACCCAUUGUCAAGAUUGUUAAGGGGAAGAAACUGUGUGAUAAAGGAUGGGAAUGUAAAGGUUUUUCAAAAUUUUGUUGUAAUGAGACAAUCUCUGAUUAUUUUCAGACAUAUCAAUUUGAGAAUUUGUUUUCUAAGAGGAAUACUCCGGUAGCUCAUGCUGUCGGAUUUUGGGAUUAUAAGUCUUUUAUUACGGCGGCAGCUGAUUAUCAACCGUUAGGGUUUGGUACAACUGGUGGUAAGUUUAUGGGUAUGAAGGAGAUCUCUGCUUUUCUUGGUCAUGUUGGCAGCCAAACUUCUUGUGGUUAUGGAGUUGCAACAGGCGGACCGCUUGCUUGGGGUCUAUGCUACAACAAAGAAAUGAGCCCGAGCAAGGAUUACUGCGACGAAACUUACAAAUACGAUUAUCCAUGCACUCCCGGAGUCGAAUAUUAUGGCCGAGGAGCUUUACCUAUUUAUUGGAACUACAACUAUGGAGCAGCAGGGGAAGCUCUUAAAGUAGACAUACUAAACCAUCCGGAAUACAUUGAACAAAACGCGACUCUUGCCUUUCAAGCCGCCAUUUGGAGGUGGAUGACUCCGAUUAAGAAAUCACAGCCAUCGGCUCACGAUAUCUUUGUUGGCAACUGGAAACCGACCAAGAACGAUACUUUGGCUAAAAGGGUGCCUGGAUUUGGAACAACUAUGAAUGUUCUUUAUGGAGAAGGUGUUUGUGGACAAGGGGAUGUUGAUUCAAUGAACAAUAUGGUCUCACAUUACCUAUAUUAUCUCGAUUUGAUCGGGGUUGGUCGAGAGGAGGCUGGACCGCAUGAAGUACUCAGUUGUGCUGAUCAAGAAGCGUUUAAUCCGAUAACUUCUUCAUCGUCUUCUUGAAUAAGAGAAAAAGGAUAUGGAUUUGUCUUAUUUUGGAUGUUGGAAUUAUUCUUUUUCAUGUGAAGUGUGUGUAUAAUGAUUGAUGUUAUUGGGCAAAGAUUUUCUGUAAUGUAAUAUAAGUCCUACAUAAAAACAUGGUUGUAAGAAAGAAAAUUGAAUAUUCAAAGUCUGGUAAAAAAUAAGUUGUUUUUAUUAA